UUCGCGCCAAAUAUGCGUGGAAUGAUCUUCGGUUUGUAGACCAACGGUAAACAGAAAGCGAAACGAUCCAACACAAAUCAUGACCUCGGGUGAUAACAAACUAUUGGCUCAGCUUAUUCAAAAAUUUGGCCUAACUAACCAUGAGUCCCUUGCACCCAAAGCAACCGAACUCCAGCGACUGCUGGCGAUCCGUUCAUCCAGCGGUACGAUGACUAAUCUCGGCGAUUACGCAAAGGUUACGCUGUGCAUCGAUCUCGCCUCCAGUUUGCUUGGUUUACCGUUCGACAAUGACCUAGCACUGAAACUGUCCGGUAUGAAGAAAACAUCCUACGCCAACGGACGUCGUACGUUGGAGAAAAUUCUCGACAUCAACAAAACGCUCGGUAUAGGAGAGAUCUGCGUGCAGGUGGGAAUGAGCCAGAUGCAGAAGGAAGCGACCGCACUGUUGGAGGCGUACAAACGCUAUGCCGGACAGGGUCAGGGUCAGAACGAUUUCACCCAUCCACAGUAUGCGACGAUGGCCGUGUAUCAGGCCUGCAAACGCGAAAAGGUUAAACCACCGAAGACGAAACUCGUCGCCUUGAGCCAUUUAAAGCCAGCGCAGUGGACUUUGCUGGAGAAAAACUGGGACAAGUUUUUGGCCGCUGUGCCGGUUGGGAAACAAUUGGGCAAAAAUCAGAAUCGAAGCGAGGAGACCGUUAUUGUAAAGGAAAAGGGGGAAGAUUCGAGCGGUAGCGGUGGUGUUGGACGGAAACACGCAAGCCCCGAAAAGCUGGAACCGUAUCAUAACUGGAAGAAACGGAUGCUUGAGAAGGCGUACCGGGAGUUGGAACAGUUGCGUGGCAGUGGGUAAAUACCAACGGUGACAUUCCGCGAGAUCGAGAUAGAUUUUUAGUUAGUAGAGCUGUUAUUUCAUAUUACGAUUUAGUGUUACCGUGCCAAUACACAUACGAAAAGAUAUUAUUUUUAAAGCCCUCUAUACAAGAAUGCGCGAUCGUGCCAGACCGCUGAUUAUCAAAUCAAU